AUGGAGGGAGAGGAAAAGCAGCAAUGGCAUAAAAUAGAAGAUUCUGGUAUAGCAUAUGUAGCUGAAAAAAAAGAAGAAAUGAAAUGUGAAAAAAAUCCUGGAAAAAGCAUGCAACAUUCAAAAUCAUGUGUGGAGAGAAGACGUAUAAAUUAUGCUAAAUUCAUUAACACAAAUGCAAGAACAUACAAUGAACCAGUUCCCUACAUUGAUAACAAAUGUCCAGAAAAGCAGAGUAACUGGUGGCCACAUGAUGAAGCGGUGCAUGCCUCCCAACCAUCGUAUGAUACCAACAGCACCCAGAGGAGUGACUUCCAAAAACCAGCAUGCACACUGACUUUGCCAGUGAAACACAACAGGAUGCAAAAACCUUCUUGUGGAAUAGUUCCACUUGUCUGUCCAGAUGCAUCAGGAGAACAUGAAAACAAUUUUGUAGAAUAUAUCUCUUUUAUACAUCAAUAUGACUCCAGAAAAACUCCCAAUGAGCCCAUCCGGGGAAAGAGACAUGGAACUUUUGUGCAGAGAGAGAUAAAACCAGGGAGUAGGCCAAUAGUUUCUAAGGGAACAGAGGUAUUACUUAAUGCUCCAGAGUCAUGUUCAUCAGAGCAGUCCAUGAAAACAGAGAAAGGAAAUUCAGCGGGAAGCAGGAUGACCUCACCAGGCCUACAGAAUUCCCAAGCACUGCUAGAGACAUAAAACUCACUUAUCAGAAACAGAGGGCAGACAGGCAGCCUAGGCACACCCCGGAAGCCUGGAAUGAAGGGAGAGGACCGCAUGCGUAUUCCACUCCACAGGAGCAAGCAUAGGACAAGCUCUUCUCACUCAGCAUGAGCCUUUAAACCCACCAAUAAAAAAGUUGGGAUAAGUCAGGAUAAAUUGCUCCUUCAAAUAAAAACACAAUCCCUGGAAUGUAGAGAAAUUGCCUCCCCAUCUACAGGCCCUGGUUGCUUGAAUUGUUGUGGCUGUUGGUAGCAGUAACUUCAGAACAUAUUUACAUUAAUAGAGAAAAAGGUGAAAAGGUAAAAUAAUACCUCUGGAAUCAAAACAAACUGGUUGGAAUGUUGACUGCAGUUUUUAUGAGCUGUGUGCCCUUGGGUAAGUUACUUAACCUCUCUAGACUUUAUAAGAUUAUUGAGGACAAGAUUGUGCACAUUGAUCAACAACUGGUCAAUGUAAUCCUGUCAUCACUGUUACUAUAUUUAAAAUUUUAACAAGGAUAAUAUUCUAUAAAUUUUGUCUUCUUUCUUGAUCUAAAAUUUAGAAUUCCUCUAUAUAUAACUGAAAGUGUGAAAAUCUAAAAACA